AUGAUGCUCGACAACUCCAAGGAAAUGCCAAUAAAUGAGGACAUCGAAAAAGAAAUAUAUGAAUGCUUCUCCCUGUUUGAUACAAACAAAUGCGGUUACAUUGACAUUCGCGAAUUUUACUUCGCCCUUAAGUCGCUUGGACUGAAUUUCAAAAAAGAGGAAGUGAAGAAUCUCUUCCUCCAAGUGAAGAAAAAUAUCGACGAUAAAUUAAAUUUCGAUGAAUUUUUCGAAAUCGCAACGAAACAUAUUCAUAAGAGAUAUACUGAGGAGGAAAUGGACAACAUGUUUGCGCUCUUCGACCCGAAUGACACAGGAAAAAUAACGCUAACUUCUUUGCGAAACGUUUGUACCGAAAUAGGGGAACAAAUCGAUGACGCGGAACUGAACCACAUGAUCGAGUUUGCUGACAGAAACAACGACAAGGUUAUCGACAAGGCGGAAUUCAAGAGAGUCCUUCUAAGCGCAUGGAAAAACGACCCCCUAAGUGAUGUAGACUCGGAUUAG